CACAAUCAUGCCUCCAGCCCCGACACAGGACGUUGAACAGCGCGACGGUCUGUCUGAUGACAGCCAAGACACCGGCGCCAAAUACGAGGAGGAGGAGGCGCCUGUGAAGAAGGAGAAGACCCGCAAGAAGACCAAGAAGAACAAGGUCGAACGACGCAAGAGGCGGUCCAUGUUUACCGACGACGAAAUGGAUAUGGGCAUGACGCAGGGAAACUGGGGUAUGGGGCAGCAACAGCAACCACAACAACAACAAAUGCAACAACAACAGCCGCAGCAAGGCGGUGGUGGAAAGAGUGAUGCGCUCAGUCUGCAUCUCGAGUUGAACCUCGAAAUUGAGAUUCAGCUCAAGGCGAGGAUCCAUGGUGACCUUACGCUCACAUUGCUGAAUUAGAGGGAUCAUGGGACGAUGCGUACAAAGAUGGGCAUCAACAUGGCUGGGCAUGUUUUAUAUAUACCUUGUUCGCCCAGGUCAGAAUUGUCUGGCUACGAUUUUCAUUUACGACAGAUGGAGAGUCUACUCCUCCAGGAAUUUGCAUUUGGUUUCAUCAUAUUGGCCCUGCAGGUUUAUUUAGCUUCAUUUAAUCUCAAUUUCACUUUUCGAUUGUGGCACAAUU